AUCUUCUACCAGCUCAUGUGCGACCAGAUCGAUUAUAUCAAGAAAAUAUGCUUAUUGUCUGACGACAUUUACGACUACCACUACGAGGCUCAGGGAAAGGUCACUGUCCCAUCCAUCGACGACAAGGAGGACAUGCAAUUCACUCAUGAUGCCUUCGAUGUCCUGAAUUUCUCGCACGAAGAAAGAGACGAUUGCUACAAGAUCACAGCUUCUGUCAUGCACCACGGUAACAUGAAGUUCAAGCAGAGGGGUCGCGAAGAGCAAGCCGAACCUGAUGGCACUGAGGCUGGAGAAAUUGUUGCCAAGUUGCUCGGUGUUGACGCCGAGGAGCUCUACAGGAACUUCUGCAAGCCCAAGAUCAAGGUCGGUGCCGAGUUCGUCACCAAGGGUAUGGGCGUCAAUGCUGUCAACUACAACAUCGGUGCCAUGGCCAAGGGUCUCUUCUCACGUGUGUUCUCGUGGCUCGUCAAGAAGUGUAACAUGACACUCGAGACUGGCCAGACUCGCGCCAUGUUCAUCGGUGUGCUCGAUAUUGCCGGCUUCGAGAUCUUCGAUUUCAACGGUUUCGAGCAGAUCUGCAUCAACUUCUGUAACGAGAAGCUGCAACAGUUCUUCAACCACCACAUGUUCGUACUGGAACAAGAAGAAUACGCAAAGGAAGGCAUUGUGUGGCAGUUCGUCGACUUCGGUAUGGAUCUGCAGGCUUGCAUUGAACUCUUCGAGAAGAAAAUGGGUCUCCUCUCCAUCCUCGAGGAAGAGUCCAUGUUCCCCAAGGCCACUGACAAGACCUUCGAGGAGAAGCUGAACAACAACCAUCUCGGAAAGUCUCGUUGCUUCAUCAAGCCCAAGCCUCCAAAGCCGGCCAGCCUGACAAUCACUUUGCCAUUGUUCACUACGCUGGCACUGUGUCCUACAACCUGACUGGCUGGCUUGAGAAGAACAAGGAUCCUCUCAACGACACCGUCGUCGACCAGCUCAAGAAGGCCUCCAACGCCCUCA